AAACAGCCGGGCCAUUUGUAUUAUAAUGUUUUAUUAGUUAAGAUAAUAUAAUGCAAAGAAGAAAAAAAAGUGUCUAUAUUUAGAUUCCUAUAAAAUUAGUUUUUAAUUAGGUGCAUCAUGCAAUUGGUACACCAUUUGAAGAAUUCUUUUAUUUUUUGUUGGUCAAAUUAGCUUAUAGAAUUAUAAGGCUAACCUUUCGCAUAUUCAAUUUUCAUUGAGUGAAUUAUGAGUUGUGUUUAGCAUAAUGACGAGAUGGCUUUCCUUCUCCAUCAUCAUCCUCAUUGUAUUUGUUGCAACUUCUUUCAUCUUGGAAAUUGACCUUUCCAUACUAACAAGAAAUACUAUAUUCAAGACAAUUGAAGUCUCAAACAACAAACAAGAACAAUCUAAAUUCCCACUAAGUUGCAACACAAACUCAACAUCAACAUGUCCAUCUUCCUAUCCAACAACAUUUCAUCUCAAUGAUGAUUCAUCAUCUCAAUCAUGUCCACAUUACUUCAAAUGGAUCCAUGAAGAUCUUAAACCAUGGGAGAAAACAGGAAUCACAAGAGAAAUGGUUGAAAGAGGACAAAACAUGUCACAUUUUAGGCUUGUGAUUGUGAAUGGAAAAGCAUAUAUAGAAAAAUAUGCAAAAUCUUUUCAAACAAGAGAUGUUUUUACAAUAUGGGGAAUUCUACAACUUUUAAGGUUAUAUCCUGGAAAAAUACCUGAUUUGGAGUUAGUGUUUCAAUGUGGUGAUAAGACUUUGGUGAACAAAAACCUUUUUCAAGGACCACAAGAUGUGUCACCUCCACCUCUUUUUCAUUAUUGUGGAGAUGAAAAUUCAUUUGACAUUGUUUUUCCUGAUUGGACCUUCUGGGGUUGGUCUGAGCUCAACAUAAAACCAUGGGAAACAACAUUAAACAACAUACAAGAAGGCAACAAGAAUAUCAAAUGGAAGGAGAGAAUACCUCAUGCAUUUUGGAAGGGCAAUCCAGAAGUAUCUUAUAUUAGAAAAGAACUUUUGAAGUGUAAUGCCUCGGAAGAACAUGAUUGGAAUGCUCGAAUAUAUGAUAUCAAAUGGGUAGAGGAAAAAUCGAAAAAAUUUCAGGACACAAAAUUGGAAAACCAAUGUACCUAUAGGUACAAAAUUUAUGCAGAAGGGGCAACAUGGUCUGUGAGUGAAAAAUACAUAAUAGCAUGUGACUCCAUGACUAUGUUCAUAGAACCUAGGUACUAUGACUUCUUUACAAGAAGCAUGCUACCUUUGAAGCACUAUUGGCCUAUAAGUUUCAAAAACAUGUGUGAAGAGAUUAAGUAUGCAGUGGAUUGGGGAAAUGCUCACCUUGAUAGAGCACAAGCAAUUGGAGAAGGAGGAACCAACUACAUAAUAGAUAAUUUAAAGAUGAAAUUUGUUUAUGAUUACAUGUUUCAUCUAUUAAAUAGUUAUGCAAAGCUUUUGAGAUUCAAACCAGAAAUACCAAAAGGAGCAGUUGAGAUUUGUGCUGAAAGUAUGGCAUGUUCAUUGCGUGGAGCAAGGAAGAAUUUCAUGGUUGAAUCCAUGGUUUUGUCACCAAGUGAUACACCUCCAUGCACAAUGCCACCUCCUUAUACAAUUGAAUCUCUUCAACAAUUUCUACAAGAAAAAGAGAAUCUAAUAGGGCAAGUGAAGACAAGGGCAAUGAAUAAAGAGCUAUAGUGACAUUUGUUUUGUAGAUGUAGAUAUAGUUCAAUGUCAUUCUAAUAAUUAGUCUUAGUGUAAUUGAAAAAUUCUUAAUUGGAAGAGUAUUUUUUGUCAAGUAAUGAA